GGUAAUAUCUCAUUCUCUCGCUCGGAGGGUAAAAACCCUAGUCGACUUUUAUAUAAGCGUAGCCGAACUCUUUACGGUUCUGGCAUUUGACAUCGGAAGCGCCAAGACCCUUCGUCGCGAAACCUCAGAUUGUCAUUAGCAUAUCCUCGCCGAUAUGUCGAAGAGGAAGGUUAGAGAGCCAAAGGAAGAGAAUGUGACUCUAGGCCCGGCAGUGAGAGAAGGAGAGUAUGUUUUUGGAGUGGCCCACAUUUUUGCCUCAUUCAAUGACACAUUCAUUCAUGUGACUGAUCUUUCUGGAAGGGAAACCAUGGUUCGCAUCACUGGUGGGAUGAAAGUGAAAGCCGACAGAGACGAAUCAUCACCUUAUGCUGCCAUGCUUGCUGCACAGGAUGUUGCCCAGAGAUGCAAGGAACUUGGCAUUACUGCUCUGCAUAUUAAGCUUCGUGCUACUGGUGGGAAUAAGACAAAGACCCCUGGGCCAGGUGCCCAGUCUGCUCUUCGGGCCCUUGCUCGUUCUGGAAUGAAGAUUGGCCGUAUUGAGGAUGUGACUCCAAUUCCAACUGACAGCACUCGUCGAAAGGGUGGUAGAAGAGGUAGAAGGCUCUAAAGGAUGUGUUCAACGGGUGGUGGUUGGAUCUACAUUGCAGUUUUGCUGUGUUUUCCUUUUGCCUGGGAAAAAAAUCUAUUUGAACUUUUGUAGAAAAGAUGUUGGGAUCAGAAAGUCAUCCUCUCAAUAUUAGUUACAUCCAUCUGUUUUAACUUUAUGUUACAAUGUUGAAAGUAAUCUUCUUUUGAUGUUUGGUACAUCUAUAUAUUUAUUUUACCUCAUUUGUCUCAACAUGAUUUGGAGAGAA